UCGCGGCUCGCGUUGGCCGGGGCGCGCAAGCGCUGUGGGCCAGGCUGCGGGUGAUGCUGCUGCGGAGCGUAGCUGGGGGAUGCCGGGUGGCUGCCGCUGCCCGCAGCCGGAUGCUACUCUCCAGCUGGGACCGGUGCCAAAGGCUUCCUGGAGACAGCAGCAUUCUUCACAGGACUCGAGGCUUUGGAGGCCACCGAGGGUUCGGAAAGGACCAUGAGGAGGUGGAAACCCGAGCAGGUGCAACGGACCCCGGGCAGCCCAAGUCCUCCCUGCCCGGUGGGCGCCCCUCGGAAUCCCCGUACCCACCGCCACCUGAGCUCCAGCCACCCACAAACUGCUGCAUGAGCGGCUGCCCCAACUGCGUGUGGGUGGAGUACGCAGAUGCGCUGCUGCGGCACUACCAGGACGGGGGGCAGCGGGCCCUGGCCGCCCUGGAGGAGCACGUGGCUGACGAGACCCUCAAGGCCUUCCUCAGGGUGGAGAUCCAGCUCCGCCUGAAGAGUGGAGGCUGAGCCACCUGCCGGCCGCGCACGCCUAAAACAAGCACCUCGGAUGCGGCUUAGUCUUUGCCCCACGGCCCGUGUGUGGCGGCAGCGACGGGAAUAGGACGAGCUGCUCCUUGUCUUUGCCUGAGAAUAACACGUUCCCUGCAGUGGUCA